CACGGACAGUGGCACAGCCAACUUCGGGCACGUGGCAGUGGGGAGACGGGGACUCAGAGUGUCCGAUCAGCAGCAGCAGGACAACUCGCUACGCCUGGCUGAUUUGCAAAAGGUGGAGCUGUUGGGGAGGGGGGCGAGUGCAGCAGUGUAUCUGGUGCAGCACGUGCGCACGGGGCAGCAGUACGCACUGAAGGACAUGCAGUUGAACAUGGAUGCUGACGUGCAGAGGCACGUGGGGAACGAAUUGCGCAUUAAUCAUCAGUGCCGCUCGCCGCAUGUGGUUCGCUGCUACCAGGCUUUUGUAGACGACGGGCAUCUGUUCAUAGUCCUCGAAUACAUGGACGCGGGGUCACUCGCCGAUGUCCUGCAGCUAGUGGGGCGCAUAACCGAACCCUACCUCGCAGCCAUCUCCCGGCAGGCCCUGCAGGGGUUGCGCGACCUGUACGGGGGGCACCGCAUCAUCCACCGCGACAUCAAGCCCAGCAACAUGCUGCUCAACCAGUCGGGGUGCCUCAAGAUCAGCGACUUUGGCGUCAGCCGCGUGCUGGAGAAUAGCUAUGACGUCGGGAACACGUUUGCUGGCACUUACACUUACAUGUCGCCGGAGCGCAUAAUGGGAAAGUCCUACUCGCACAACAGCGACGUGUGGGCGUUUGGGUUGAGCCUCCUCGAGUGUGCCAUCGGCCAGUACCCCUACCGCCCCGCCUCUGGAGGCUCCUUCAACUAUUUCGAUCUGCUUUCGGAGAUUUCCAACUCGCCCGCCCCCAUUGCCCCGCCCGACUUCUUCUCACCCCAGUUCUGCGAUUUUGUGGCGCUCUGGUAUGUGUUCUGCCCCGCCUCUGGAGGCUCCUUCAACUAUUUCGAUCUGCUCUCGGAGAUUUCCAACUCGCCCGCCCCCAUCGCUCCGCCCGACUUCUUCUCACCGCAAUUCUGCGAUUUUGUGGCGCUCUGGGUGGGAGGAUGGGUGUAG